AUGAACACGCCCCCGCCCGAUGCCAGCGCUGCCUCGAAUGGAGCGGUUGAUCCCGCCGGGUCGAUCAGCGUCGUGCUCGACUGCAACUCGGACGACGACCUCGCCCACACGCCCCCGCCGCAGCCGCUGACUCCGUCGCCGCCGCCGAACAAGGCCCUCAACGGCGGCUUCAUGCACGAGGACCACGAAGAGCCGCCCCUCUCGCUCCUGCUCCGGACGAUCGACUUUGCCGCCUUUAAGCACCAGUGCCAGCGACGGAAGGACCUGGACCAGACACCAUACAUCAACCACCCCAUCGCCGUCGCCAACAUUCUCUCCUCGACGGGUGUCACCGAUAUCAAGGUCCUACAAGCAGCCGUGCUGCACGACACGGAGAUUGAGGAAACUUUUGGGGCCGAUGUCGCCCGAAUCGUUGGCGAGUGUACCGACAACACGGAGCUGAACGGUCUCGAACGCAAGCUCGAGCAGCUCCGCACCGCGCCGUUCCGCUCGCGCGAAGCGCAGCAGGUCAAGCUCGCCGACAAACUGCACAACCUCGAGAGCAUCCGCCGAUGUCCCCCUGUUGGCUGGGGCGUGCGCCGUAUACAGGCCUACUUCCAGUGGGCGAAACAAGUGACCGAUGUCUGCGCACCGGCCAACCCGGCACUUGCACGCAAGCUGCAAACCCUCUACGAGACGGCGUACACGCGCGUCAACGGCGAGUACUUCCCGUGCCACCCCGAGGCCGCGGGUCCGCUCACCGAGGCGGAGAAGGGGCGUGUCGAUGCACGCCUCUCAAACUGCUCAAAAGGACAGGAACCGUGUCCCCGUCCCAUCUUCUUCUGA